CAUAUAUACUGUAUAUGUCGUGGGACGAUUGGUCGAAGGUUGGAAAAUAUCUGGUUUGCUCUUGAUUUUUCAUGAUUUAGACCAGCAUUUCAAACCAAAGACGGGAUGUUUUAUGUUUAAAUGAAACUCUACUCCAUGGGCUACGCUUGUAAUCUUUCAGGCCAAGCAGGUAGGCCGCUUGUGAACGCUUUGUUGUCAAACGAAAUAGCCUCGUUCAAAAUUAAUACCGUACACUGUUUGUUUUUCAAAUACUUUUGCUUCAUAGUAGUAGAGCUAGGAUUUAUGUUUUAUUCGACAAAGGAAGUGUUCUUUUUCAAUAUAUGAACAGUUAAAACAAUCUGGCAGUUUUACAGUGGAAAUAAUUUGAAAUCAUGUUCUUGCUUGGCGGUGUUUGUUGAGUGAUGGGUUGUGUUUCGUCUUUGAUGCGUUUGGUGUCAAAAAUGCUUGUUUAUCGCUAUAUUUACGUAGGAAAAUUCCUGGGGUUGUUUUGGCUGUGUUACAGCCUUGGUUUAUGUGUUUUCCUUGUUUAGAAGGGAUGUUUAAGCUAGUGAGUACCGGCAGCAGUUUACUGCAUAUUUUGAGUAUACGUGUCGUAGGGCGACAUUGAAAUUUUGCUACCUGUUUGAAAGGGCGCUUUUCAAUCGCACGUCACGCAAAAUAUUUUCAAUUGCCGAGCUUAAAAAAGAGUACCUACAAUGCAGUUCUAAAAUGGAUUCAUCUAGGUUUGUUUUAGUCGUACAAUGUUUUAAAAUUUUGUUAAAAAUGGCAAAUAUUUUGCCCAUAAAUUUUUGACCGCCUUGUCCAUGGGACACGUGUUUGCUCGUGGCUGUGAAAUGACUCGUGUGACUGAAAUAUUUGUAGCUUUGUACAUAGUUCAGAUGUAAAAUUACGAUGUUUUGUAGACUACAGUAAAUGAUGCUUACUUUUUGUUUUAAUUCUCAAGGAAUUCGGGAGAACGUGAAUUUGUUGGCUUGAAAUAAUAUUCUGCCAUGUCUGGGCGAAGUCGCCGGCCACGACGGAUAGAUUUGAACAGAGCCACUGCAGAUGACUUGGCCAAUAUCUCGGGAAUUGGUAAAGGGAAAGCAAUAGAAAUUGUAGACAUGCGUGAAGCCUUAGGUGGGUUUAGUACUGUCGAUGACCUGAGAUCCAUUCGUGGGAUCAGUAUUGGAUUUCUUGAUACGAACAAAGAACUUUUUUAUUGUUCACCUCGAUCAAAAAUCCAUAUCGACCUAAAGAGUAGCAGCUCCCGAGAUGAACGUUCUAACUCCAGACGCUCGCUUAGAAACAGACUAAGUGAUAUUGAAUGCCGAGGCGACGAUACCAUUCCGUUGAAACGUAAAUCAAGUCAAAAACCUGAAGUCACUGUGCCUGAGAAACGGCUUUGCCCAGAAGGCGGUAAUGAAUCGGAUAGCUGCGAUGGUGCAAAUACCAUAACACAGCAACAUACCAAUAGUUUCACAUGCCCCCCUGAAAUGGAGGAUUGGUUACAAGUGUUUAACACAUGGGCUCAAGAUCAGAAAAAACGGGCAUUAGAUGAACUGAUGGAGAGAUGUAAUCCACCAAUCAUACGACAUGUGAUGUCCUCAAUCGAACCGAGGUUUCAAAGAGACUUUAUAUCAUUGCUACCAAAUGAACUUGCAUUUUAUGUACUUGGUUUUUUGGGCCCUAAAGAUUUGGUCCAGGCUGCACAGACCUGUAAAUAUUGGAGGAUCCUUUGUGACGAUAACUUGUAAGUUUACGUUAGCAGACCAGCUGAAAACAGACCUUGUUUGAGGAAGGGAAUAAAAAUAGUUUUGAGCUACUUUUUGGUCCUGGAGCCUCGCUGACAUCAGUAAAUUAUGCAAGGUGAUUGGCUCACGAUUCAUGAGAAUGAGGCUCCCUGGCCAAUUGACAUAAUUAUUGAAAUUUGAAAGGUUGUAUUGUCAGUGAUGGUGCUUCCACUUUUCAAAAUUGAAAAUACCUUUAAAUUUCCAUGAAGGAAAUUUGUAAUCAAUUUUUGUAUUUAAUUAAAGCUGAUGGUGUUUCCACUUUUCAAAAUUGAAAAUUCCUUUAAAUUUUCAUGAAGGAAAUUUGUUUCCUGUUCAAUGUUUUGUGUUCCACUUUUUAAAAUUUAAAUUUCCACGUAUGAGUUUUUUCCUAGUUAUUUGUCUAAGUCAAAACAUAAAUUUCUUAUUUCUUCUGUAGAUUGUGGAAGGAGAAAUGCAACGAGUAUGGCAUUGACGAUGAACCGAUCAUGAGUCCGAAACCAACAAGACGGAAAACAUCAUCUGGUGGCAAUAAUCGUGUCAAUCUCACCACAAACCACAGCCCUUACAAAAAAAUGUUUCUUACCAAACAUAAAAUCGCAAUGAAUUGGCGAUAUGGACCAUUGAAUGCUCACAAGAUACUCAAAGGUCACGACGAUUACGUUAUAACAUGCCUACAAUUUAGUAGCAAUAGAAUAGUUAGCGGCUCUGAUGACCACACCCUGAAAGUUUGGUCCGCUAUCACAGGGAAGUGUUUGCGCACCCUGGUCGGGCACACAGGCGGGGUGUGGGCCUCGCAGAUGGAAGGUAAUCUUAUCGUCAGUGGAUCAACCGAUCGCACACUCAAAGUGUGGAAUGCCGACACUGGGCAAUGCAUUCAUACCUUGUAUGGGCAUACCUCUACAGUACGAUGCAUGGAUAUUCAUGGCAAGGUUGCUGUGAGUGGCUCGCGUGAUGCGACAUUACGAGUCUGGGACAUUGAGGCUGGGACGUGUUUGCAUGUGUUAGUUGGUCAUGUUGCUGCUGUUAGAUGGUAAGGACAACUAUUACAUUCUCUGUACCAUUUUUGCCUUACUUAAUGAUUCAGUUUGCAUAAAUUUUGUAUGUGGUUUAUUAAUUUCUACUAAUCUUUUAUUUAUUUAGUGUGAAGUAUGACGGUCGACGCAUAGUUAGUGGUGCUUAUGACUAUGUAGUAAAGGUAUGGGACCCAGAGACGGAGCAAUGCAUUCACACGCUACAAGGACACUCGAACAGAGUCUACUCCUUGCAGUUUGAUGGAGUCUACAUUGUCAGCGGUUCUCUUGAUACAUCUAUCCGUGUUUGGCAUGUUGACACCGGCCAAUGCCUUCACACAUUGGUUGGUCACCAAUCCUUGACCAGUGGUAUGGAGCUACGGAAUAAUAUCCUGGUCUCGGGAAAUGCUGAUUCGACUGUUAAAAUUUGGGACAUUACAACUGGACAGUGCUUGCAGACCCUCGCUGGUUCAAACAAGCACCAGAGUGCAGUGACAUGUUUACAGUUUAACAAGAAGUUUGUGAUAACCAGCUCAGACGAUGGUACAGUUAAACUGUGGGACCGUCUCACGGGUGAGUUUAUCCGAGAUCUUGUGAAGCUUGAUAGUGGAGGAAGUGGCGGGGUCGUCUGGCGUGUACGUUGCAAUGAGACGAAAUUGGUCUGCGCUGUUGGAAGUCGGAAUGGCACGGAAGAAACAAAAUUGUUGGUGUUGGACUUUGGUGUCUCUGAAUAAGCUCUGGGGUAAAGAAUAUUUUGUGAAAUUUAUCAAAUAAUAAUUAGUCUGUACAAGUCAAGGGAAGUGUUAAUCCAGUUACAAAAGUGAAAGGCUGUACUACUUGCAGUCCAAUAUUUUGGAGAUAUUUCCAUUCCUAUAAAACCUACCAUAAGUAGAUCAUUGUGUAUACUGAAGGUACAGCUAUCAACAAUUUUUCUUCCUUAAUUUAAUUCUUUUAAACUUUGCAUUUUCCUUGGUAAAUAAUGGCUGACUUAUAAUAUAAUUCGUAAGUUUAACUUAUUCCACAAUUCACAUAUGCCGUUUCCUAGAUGAAAUAUGUCAUUAUCCCUUUGCUUAUUGCAAAGAAAAAGUCUUCUGUCAGACAGCAGAAAUGUUUGAGUUUUCACUCAGAAGAAAUUUCCAAGAUAAAUUGUUAAUAACCAUAACCACUUGGUUUGCUGUUAAAAAUUGUAAAUAAAUUUGUGUGAGAGAAUGUUUUGUAAAAAAACCCAGUUAUAAAAAUAUAGCACUAGAAAUCAUUAUUGUAUAGUAUUGGACUGACCACAAAUACAAAUGGUGGUAUGUACUAAUAGCAAAAACACCUAAUUCUUUGAAGAGUCAUUUAUUAUUUAAAUUUAAUAUAAAUUAUAUAUUAUAACAACCGUGGCUCAAUAUCCUGAACACAAGUUUUGUACUAUAUUUUGUGAUCUUGGUUGUUUUACAUAAAAAGAUGGCACAUUGUCAUUUAACUGAGUACAUAAAAUUUAGGUGUUUUUGCUUUGCCAAUCAGAACUUUAACUAUCACAGGAAAAAAACUCUCACCAUUAUAGAUUUCCCAUAUGUGAAAUCUACCAUUCAAAAAUCCAUUAAUGGACAUUUAUUUUUUCCUGCGAAUAACCCUUGGCAGGACCGGGGUCUGUCAAAAGAAUCUGUAAAUGGGGUAUGAAGUAGACUUUACCUGCAGGCUUGGACCAGCCAUAGUGCUUUUUAUGCUAGAACAAUGGUUUUAUUGUUAAAAACAAUAGUUCAAUUGUUUAAAGACAAUGGCUUUAUUGUUUAAAAACAAUAGUUUUGUUCUCUUUAUUGUAUAAGGAAAAUGAUUAAUUCUCAAAAACAAUUGAAUAAUCAUUGUUUGCAAAGCACAACAGUCGAGUCCCAAGCCUGCUUGUAUGAAUUAAUAUUUAUGAAUUAACAAUGCUUAGUACAUUAUUUUAAAUACCUAGCUAGAUGACAUGUACUUAUUGCCACUUGGUGCUUCAUUUGAUAUUUUGCAUAUGACAGGAUUGUUUUCAUCAUGCUAGUUGCAUACUAUUAGAAUAUGACAAAUUGAAAUAAAUAUUUUUGUAGUAUGGUUUAAUUGUGUUCCUUUCAAGCAGUUUAAAAACAAUCAUUAUUUCAUCUCUAUAUGUUGUACCAAAUUUUUUUUUGUUAAAUGCACUGGCCGGGAUACAAGGAUUUAAUCAGGGCUGUAGGGAAGAGGCUAAAGCAGGGGGUGUAGUAUUGCAUUUGCCUACGACAUUUCAGCCACUAAUUAAUCUUUUUCCCCCAAAAUUGUUGGUGGGGGGCGGUAAAAAAUUUUUUGGACAUACCAUUGUUCAAUAACUUUCUAAUUCAUGUACCAUAAUUUCUUAAAUUUUUUGGUAGUAUUUUCAUAACUUUGUCAAAAAUUUUGAUAACUAUUACUUUUGGGAGGAAAAGUUUCCCGUCGUACCAUACCGAAAUUGCAUGUUUUUCGACCAAAUUUUUUUAAAAACUUGGAAAUUUCCAAACAAAAAGGGCACCUUUGAUGUUAAUUUAGUAUUUACAGUGACAUUAGCUUGUACAAAAAGGGCACUUUUCAUCACAAAGAAGGGCACUUAUAGUCCUUUGAAAAAAUGGGGGGCAUGUGCCCCCCCUGGUUCCUAUGCCCUUGGUCACCCCACCCCCCUAUAGAUACGGC